UCCACCCACCGAUCCAAGCGCAUCCAAGUCUAUCCGUUCGCGUCCUUGGCGCGUGAUUUUGUGUAGUGAAUUUGUGUGUUGCUGGCUGUUCGAGUAAACAUGACAUAACAAUGCCAGCAGCAAUGGAGCUAUUCGAUGCCGCCUCUUCGCCUGGACGCCGUGGGGUUCAAGCAUGCGGUGAGCCGUCCAUCAAAGAGCUGCUUCAGCGAGUGUACAGCGCACACAUCAGCGCAACUGAAGGCCUACAGAAGCAAGUCUUGUCGCUGACUGCGCUGGUCUCCGAGAAAGAAAAAGAGUUGCGCAAUGUUUCCUGCCAGCGUUGUGCUUCUUUCAAGGACACCUUUGAGCGCUACAAGGCCAGCAACCAGCAGGUGAUCGACAAGCUGGAGACCAAGAUCAGGCUGCUUGAGGAAAAAAACGCUACGCAAGAGAAAGAGCUUCGUGGAAGAAAUGCCAGCCCCAUAGUGAACGGCUCUUCACUACGAGCAGCCAAGAACGGCAUGUCGAGUGAGUGCAGACAGCAGCUUCUCAACGGCACAGUUAGUCCCAAACCGUGGGAUUCGAUUCUGCAAGAGGACUCGCCGAGGCACACGAGCUGCCUUGUGCCUCCCUCUCCUACCAGCGCCGAGAGCUCUUUCGAGUACAAGGAAGCCCCGGAGGCAGUCGGGUGCAUGGUUGCGGCAGAUGACAAAGGCCAGGAUCUUCCACCACCUGCUACGGUGCAGACUGUACCAGAGACACUGGAAUGCGAACUCUACGACGGCUGUGCUUACGCCGAAAUCGCAACGUACCAGCCGCUGCUUUCAGCAGUUGCAGAGGAAGACAGCAAGGAGGAUUCCACUCGGUCGAGGGGAGCUGUGGAGCCGACGCAAGUUCCAAACGAGAAAAGGCUAAAUGAUUGCGUGAAGGAAGAAGAAAUGGAUGCUGAAUUAACUGACAGCGAAGCGAGCAUGCUAGUUAUAGACGAACGGGAAGACAAACUCACCGAUGCAGACUCAGAGGGGUCUCCGAGUCUUCUCCAACAGGACAGAGUCGCUCGCCCUGCAUCACCACAUGGGAAGUGGGACAUCGACGAGGUGCCACCAUCCAAUGCCGUGUCAACCGUGACUCCCGCACGACCCUUAUCAGAAAUGCCGUGUCGCCGCUUGCAGGCCGCGGCGGAUGACGGCGACAAGUCGCCCAGUCUGCUGGAUACGUUUGCUGCACCGAAGAGUGUGUCGGACCCUUUUGCAAGUUAUGCCGUGAAAGAGGUGCACCCCUCGAGCCCACCUGUCAGUGAUGUGACAGCGUGUGACGUGACCGUGUGUGACGAUGUCUCGCUUCCCAAGCCAGUGCAACCAGGUGGUGGCAAACUUUCGCUGUUGAGGAAACGGUGUGCAUCACCGACCGAGCCGGACGAAGUGUUCAUGGUCCAGCCCACGAGUCGAGCAAAGCGAAAGAAGCAGACCAAGCUGUCUGACAGGUACUUUCUGUCGGUCAACCGCAGUACGGUGCCAGCAACCAGGUCAUCCAGCAUAUCAGUGAAAAAGGAACUGUCACAGACUCGUGUGGAUGACUCGCUGUUGUCGACGCAGAGUAAGCGGAUCGACCUGGAUGAGACAUUUGUUGAGCCUGAACUUCUGCGAGACUUCAAGGUGCCAGUUACGGCCAAGGCUUUGGGCUCUACGGGUCCUCUGCAAAAUGGUGGCGCUGCCACUGAAAUCAAGAAAGAUUUGGACAAGGCUGUUGAGGCCAGUCAUGCUGAAGAAGCCAGCAGCAGCAGCCAAGCUCAGAGCUCUGGCUCUGCCAUUUCCUGGGCUUCUUUAUCGUCUACCGACGUCGUCAGUGUUGCGCCUCCGACUGUAGCAUCCGGUGUUGGCAGUCGAGUCCCCGGGUCCAUCAGCUUUGGCUGUUCAAACAUGUACCUUGGUCCCGUGCAUCUUACUGGCUAUGCAGAGGUCUCGCUCAGCAGUGGUGACUUCGAGUUCAUCGUACCCAGACUAGGUGAAUUGAAAAGUGGAUCGAAAGUCGAGGCUAUCAAGGGAACGCUGGUCCGAUUGGCGCCUUCAGACAUCGUGAGGGUCAUGGUCCACGUGCCGGUCUCUGGUGGUGCCUAUAUCUUCAUCACUUUGACGCGAGAUGCCUUCGAGGGUCUUCAUCGGUGUAUGGGCAUUUCUCAGGUUGAGGAUGAAUGCCAGCAGCGCACCAUUAAACCUGGUAGUGAUAAUGGCGGAAACUUGACAGACUGCAUGCUCCGGUUUUCAUCCCAGUGGUUCGGCAGCAUGUGGCACUUAGGCCUCAGAGCAUGCACUCGGCCAGGAAACUUCUUCGAGAUCACGUCUGUUGUGGCUACAACGAUCACGACCUCGUUGGAAAAAAAGACUUCGGUACCCGCCGAUCCAAAGCGCCGCUGCACUACCACAUGGCAAGAAGCCAAGCAACAGCUCUAUUGUGGAGCAGACAACCACUGAUGGACAGUCGCACCCGUGGGCUUCCCAGCACACGGGCUUUCCAAGUCAUUUAGACCUUUCAAGUACUUGGACUGAUCCACUGACUGUUGGCCCAAAUCUUGCAGGCAAGCAAGCUUCCGAGCGCAAAGGGGGUUCCACAAGAAAACGAGCUGCCACAAGGGGACGAGCUGUGACAAGAAAACGAGCUGCCAUGGGCAUCCAACAUUGCACAGCCUUACCAAGUCCUUUAGGCGUUUCAGGUCCUGCUAGCGUUCCAUUUGAUUCAGCCUAUCCAGAUUUUGCCAGCAAUCAAGCUCUCAUGGGCAACCAAGGGCUAAUAAAAAAGCAAGAUACGACGGGCCUCCUAAAUUCUGUGGACAAGAAAGAUCCCGCAGACAUCGGUUACACGACUCUCCCUCUUUCCACAGUUAAGCAUGGGUCCUUGGGCAUUGGAGGACCCACGGGUAUCGCAAGUCCCUCAGGCCUUUCAAGUCCUCAAGGUGGCCCAUCUACAUUUGGCCCAGGUCUCACAAGCUUCCCUAUUAUGCAAACCCAGAUGGGCGCCCCAUUUCCAUUAGACCAUUCACGUGUACAGAGGGACCUCUUUCAGUCAGUCAGUCAUACACACAACGGAAUAGGAGGCCCCACCGGGAAUCAAGGUGGCACGGGCAUCCAAUAUUGCACGUUCCUGCCAAGCACUUCAGUCAUUUCUGGUCCUCAAGGUUUUCAAUUGUGUCCCGUCGGCCCAGGUCCCAUUGGCAGACUAUAUCCAACCGGCAUCCCAGAUACCAUGGGCAUCAACGGUCACCGUUCAAACUCCCAGUUCUUUCAAAUUCCUGAAGGUGACCCACUUCAGUGAGUCAAAUGAGGCGCCAUUGGCAAACGCUUGCUCCACUUAAGUCCAAAAAGAGUGUGGAAUGCUUUAAGCGUCUCCGCUGUAGACGUCACAAAAGUGCGCGUACACCAAAUAAAGCGCACACCACCUAAAGCCAACGUGGAAUUGCAUCACCCAACGGAAGCAUCGACCGAGCGCGUGCGCUACGCUAAGAGCACGCAGCAAACACUGGCCGAGCGGACCAGGAGCUUGUAGAACGUUCUAGAGCUCCCGG